UCUGAAAGGAUACAAGUGCAUACUUUUUUUUCACUGUCUGGCUGUUUGACCAAAGAUUGACAUCAUGCACACCAAGGAAAACUCAUGCUGCUGUUCCUUUGAUGACUGCAAACUGACGACAGAAUGGCUGCUGAGCAGGACGAGACACCGGCCAAAGAUUGCUAUUGUGUGCGGAUCUGGACUGGGCCUCCUCGCAGACAACGUCUCCAACAAACAGACCUUCCGCUAUGAAGACAUUCCCAAUUUCCCAGUGAGCACAGUUCCUGGUCAUGAAGGGUGCCUGGUGUUUGGUCAAAUGAAAGGCAAGUCCUGUGUCUUCAUGCAAGGAAGAUUCCACCUUUAUGAGGGUUACUCACUGUGUAAGGUCACAUUCCCUGUGCGGAUCUUCAAGCUGAUGGGUGUGGAGACCAUUAUCGUAACAAAUGCCUCUGGAGGUCUUUGUCAGGAUUUCAAAGUGGGAGACAUCAUGGUCAUUAAGGACCAUAUUAACUUGCCGGGGUUUGCUGGACAGCACCCACUGUGUGGACCAAAUGAUGAACGGUUUGGCAUACGGUUUCCUUGCAUGUCUGAUGCUUACAGCAAAGACCUGAGGAAGCUCACUCUUGACAUCACUGCUGAGCUGGGCUACUCCAAUUUUGUGCGGGAGGGGGUUUACUGUAUGGUUAGUGGACCCAACUUUGAGACCAUCGCUGAAGCGCGCAUGCUGCAAAUCUUAGGGAGUGACUCCGUGGGUAUGAGUACGGUCCCUGAGGUGACGGUAGCUAAGCAUUGCGGAUUGAGGGUCCUGGGCCUCUCGCUCAUCACAAACAAGGUUUCUCUAGACUACAGUCGUGAGGAGAAGGUCAAUCAUGAGGAAGUUCUGCAGAUCAGUAAGAUGAGAGCUGAGAUGCUUCAAAACGUACUUAUAACCUUCAUCGCUCGCUCGCACCAAGUGGAGACCAUCAACAACAACUGCAUCUACACAAAUGCUGUGUAGGGUCAAUCGGGCCAACUGAAUCAAGGGCAAUGUGGAUGCCAUGUUAUUGUAUAGAUCUUAAAGGCUCCAUAUUUUGUUCAGCCUGCAUUUAUUUGCAGCAUGUGUGGUUGGUUGAAGUCUCCAGUAGAUCCAAUGGCAGAUCUCACUGUGCAACUGGAGUAAAUGUAUAUUAUCUCCAAAAUGUGAUUGUUAUAUAACCUGCUGAAAAAUAAAACAUCUUAAACCAGCAUAAGGUGUUUAGCUGGUCUCCAUGUCUGGCCAAGCUAGUUUAGCUGGUCUCCAUGUCUGGUCAAGCUCUGGCCAAGGUCUGUUUUGAUGGUUUUAGUGGGGUUUUGGGCACUUGUCAAAUGCUCAGGAUGGGAGAAAAGCUGGACAACCAGCUGAAACAACACCAGCUUCACUGGCUAGCAUACAAGCUUGACCAAGUUGGGAGACCAGAUUAAAUCAGCAAAACCAGCAGGGAGACCAGAUUAAACCAGAUUAAUGACUUUAGGCAGGUUUAAACUUUUUUUCCAGCAGGGUUGUUACAAUAUAUUAUUUUCCGAACUUUUCUUAAUAGAGGAAAAACCUCUAUUAGAGGCAUGAAAAUACAUCUCCCACUCUUGAAACAAUGAUUAGAGGAUAUUAAAAAAUAGAUGGAUGAUUUUUUCCAUGUUAGUAUUCUUAAUCUAAGAGCACUGUGAAAUGCAGCACUCAAAGUAGUGAUAUACUGUGCACAUGUGACAAGAUUGGCAAAGGUGAUACCCUCUGUGAGGUUUUUAUGUAAUUAUGGACCAAUGUGCCAAAACCAAACAUAGCUACUGUAUAUGUAGCCUGCAGUUUGUCAGAACUGUAAGACCCUCAAUAUAUCUGUGAAUAAUUUGUUCUUCCUUUACAUGGUCUGAGGUAAUUAUAUAACAUACUAUAAUAAAUAUAUAAAGAAUGCCAUAAAUAUAUAGAGAUAUAUAGAGAAUUCCCGACAAAUCAAAUUUACGCCAGCUUGUAGAUUUUUGUCAUUUUUGGGACUCCAUAAAUAAAUUGCAAACAGAAGAA